AUGAAGCAUUCGCCACAAUCGCCGUCGAUUCAAAUCUCUCCAUCUGUCUAUCCAACUCCUCGUCGUGAUGAGUCAGUUGUGGACAACUUUCACGGAACAGUGGUCCCAGAUCCAUACCGAUGGAUGGAGGAUCCUGACGCUGAAGAGACGCAUCACUUUGUCGAUCAGCUUAAUGCGAUCUCGGAAUCGUUCCUAGCCAAAGCUCCAAGUCGCGAGAAGAUCAGAAAACGCGUGAUCUACCAACAAAAGAACGUGGGUGAGAAAGGCGAGGUAUUCUUGGAUCCAAACACACUCUCACCGGAUGGGACCAUAGAUCUCGCGUAA